AUGGGAAGACGGCCGGAUAGGUCGCUAGGGGCAUCGGCGUGUUGCAAGCGAGUGGUGGCCGUCAUCUUCCUCGUGUGUGUUGCCCUUCUUGUGGUGAUGGUGGCGACGACGAGUGGUGCUGGCGUCGGCUUCGGUCCAGCUCAACCCGGUGGCAGAGUGAGUACGAAGAGCUCCCCGGUGCAGAAGCCAGGUGGCGGACAAGCCGGCGAGGACGCGUACCGAAGCAGCAAGAGGAGGAUUCCCAAGGGGCCAGACCCUAUCCACAACAGGCGUGCCGGGAAGACCACGAUUGCGCCACGCCGGAGAGACUAG